GUCAAAACAAAAGGAUUUGAACUGGACGGUGGAUUCUGACUAUCAAAGGAACCCCCUUACUAUUGGUCGCAAUCAUGCAGAUCUUUCUUCUUUUGCUGUUUGUGUUGCUGCUGGUCUUAAUUGCUGACCUUCAGGCUGACGUAGGGGAUGAUGCAGCAAAGGCAACAGAGGUUGUGAAAGCUGGAAUUGAGGCAACCAAUGCUAUAACUGAAAUUGUGUCGGACGUCAAGAAGUUUGCUAAAUUCUCUAAAGUAAUGGGUAAAGUUGCUCCGUUUUUGGCUCUUAUUGGACCAGUUAUGGAUAUCAUAACCAUAUUUCUCCCGAAACAAGAGGAUCCAACCUUGACCUACUUAAAAGAACAGUUUUCGAAAGUAGAUUCAAAUUUCAGAAAUAUGGAAAGGCUUUUUACCGAAGUAACAAACCUCAUUAAAUCAAAGGGUCUCAAGUCGCAGUUUUCUGCAAUUGAACAAAAUAUUCACGCUUUGUCACAUCGCCUACAUAUGUUAAUAUCAGCUCCUAAAGAUGCUGUCAAUGGACAAAAGUCGCGCUUUAUUAAGGCAUUCGAGGUCAGUUAUCACAGUGCAGCUCAAAAUAUAUAUAACGGUAUUAUGACAAAACGAUCUUUUACAGACAAUAUUCCAGAUGAAGCAAUGGCAUAUACAAAUUACGAUCGUAAAAAGAUGCAGUCGGUCAUGGCUGGAUGUACCGCGCUUCUCAUGACAGCCGUGAAGAUUAAUUUAGCGUAUUUGGAGCUCACAAACAGGAAAGCCUCCUAUAAAAUGGAAAAAACAAUAUGGGAGGCUAACAUCAAGAAAGUCCUACAGAAAGGAAAAUGUGUGGAUAAGAAAGUUGCUAAUGCGUGGGAAACUCAAAAGACGGAAGAUUUGAAAAUGCUUUCUGCACAGCACAAAGAUGAUAAUCACGCUCAAUUUGCAAAACGAUUGUACGAUUUCUACACGACAAAAUUUUACUGGAGGGAUUGGGUCGUCAUCGUAUACAACAAAAUGGCUGAAUCAUGGAAAGGAAAUAAUGGUCAUGGUUUUAAGCUCUGUGGAGGGGAUAAAUAUAUUAACAAAGACGGAAGGAAUGUUUUAACAUCAAGCGUUCCAAAAGAAAAACAGAAGAUAAACGUAUGGCAUUACCAAGGGCAAAUGAACCAUGUUAGAACUGAAACUGUAGUUUGGGGGGUUCAUUAUGCUUGGUCUGCACAAUCUGUUAUUGAUCAUCUUAAUAGGAUUAGAGGGUCUGAUGUAUGCCUGACAGCCACCGUUUCUGACAGAGAGGGCGCUCAGGUCCAUAGUGCCCCUGGCCGUUUAGCCUACAAGUGGAAAUACUUUUAUAACAUGUACAUCUUCGGCUAAAAUGUUUAAGACAUAUCUUCUUU